UUCCGGGGCGCGAGGCGGUUACUUCCGGAGCCUGAGCCCGACGAUCGUCGCUUCUUCAGGUGGUGGGCUCUGCGGCCUGGGAACAUGCUGCUUCGAACCGCGUGGAGGCGGGCAGCUCCGGCUGUGGCCGCCGUGCAGGGGCUGAGGCCUGCGGACCCCACCCGGGGACUGCGCCUGCGCGUUGUAGAUCAUGCCCCCCAGUCUACUAGUCCCUCAGACACAGCUGCUGCCCCCGAGACAGAGUCAGUUCUGCGACCUCUCUAUAUGGAUGUGCAAGCUACGACUCCUUUGGACCCUCGGGUACUGGAUGCCAUGCUCCCUUACCUCAUCCAUUACUAUGGGAAUCCACACUCCCGGACUCAUGCUUACGGCUGGGAAAGUGAGGCGGCUAUGGAACGUGCUCGAGAGCAAGUAGCUUCUCUGAUUGGAGCUGAUCCUCGUGAGAUCAUUUUCACUAGUGGAGCUACUGAAUCCAACAAUAUAGCAAUUAAGGGUGUAGCCAGGUUCUAUAGGUCAAGGAAAAAGCACCUGAUCACCACCCAGACAGAGCACAAAUGUGUUUUGGAUUCCUGUCGUUCACUGGAAGCUGAAGGCUUUCGAGUCACCUACCUCCCAGUGCAGAAGACUGGAAUCAUCAACUUAAAGGAACUAGAGGCUGCCAUUCAGCCAGAUACUAGCCUGGUCUCGGUUAUGACUGUGAAUAAUGAGAUUGGAGUGAAACAGCCAAUUGCUGAAAUAGGACAGAUAUGCAGUUCCAGAAAGGUGUAUUUCCAUACUGAUGCAGCCCAAGCUGUUGGCAAAAUCCCAGUUGAUGUCAACGACAUGAAAAUUGAUCUCAUGAGCAUUAGUGGUCACAAAAUCUAUGGGCCUAAAGGAGUUGGUGCCAUCUACAUCCGCCGCCGGCCCCGAGUUCGUGUGGAAGCCCUGCAGAGUGGAGGGGGGCAGGAGCGGGGUAUGCGGUCUGGGACAGUGCCCACACCCUUGGUGGUGGGACUAGGGGCUGCAUGUGAGGUGGCACAGCAAGAGAUGGAGUAUGACCACAAGCGGAUCUCAAAGUUAUCAGAGCGGCUGAUACAGAAGAUAAUGAAGAGCCUUCCAGAUGUAGUGAUGAAUGGGGACCCUGAACAGCAUUACCCAGGCUGUAUCAACCUCUCCUUUGCAUAUGUGGAAGGAGAGAGUCUGCUGAUGGCACUCAAGGAUGUUGCUUUAUCCUCAGGGAGUGCCUGCACCUCUGCCUCCCUGGAGCCUUCAUAUGUCCUUAGAGCAAUUGGCACUGAUGAGGAUCUAGCACAUUCUUCUAUCAGGUUUGGAAUUGGCCGCUUUACUACAGAAGAGGAAGUGGACUAUACUGUGGAGAAAUGUAUUCAACAUGUGAAGCGUCUUAGAGAAAUGAGCCCUCUGUGGGAGAUGGUGCAGGAUGGCAUUGACCUCAAGAGCAUCAAGUGGACUCAGCAUUAGAAGUCUUUAUGCUGGCUUGUCCUUCCUGCCUUAUUGACCCAUGAACAGCUUGAACCUUGCUAAACCCAGUGGAUGCUCCAUAUUCAACCAAUAGACUUCAACCAGUAGACUUCAGCACAGCGUACUUUCAAGUCAACCCAUUUGUAGGGGCUGACUCCAUUUUUCUUCAGCAGUCCUCUGAUCAUACAGGAUAUGGGCAUUCUUAUCCUGAAGCAGAAGAUAAGCUUGCUAUGAUAUUGCUAUUGCUUUACCUCUCCUUUGUGGGGAAAGCAAGAGGUACCGGAGGAAGGCUCUUUGUUCAGGGAUUGUGUUUUUCUAUGUGUACAUUCAAAUCAUCACUUUCUGCUGUCAGCUGGACUGGCUCAUUCAGCAACAAACAUUUUUUUUUUGUCGUUCAAAGGACAUCUCUUUAUAUUGACAAUAGUCCAACAACAAGUUUAUUAGAAGGCUUGUCUCCUUUUUGUUCUUAUCCUUCCCUUUUUUGUUUAACUUACUAGAGAUACCAAUAUCUUAUCUGUGAUACCACUCAUUCUAAUAAUUUAUGUUUCUUUUCUGAAAAUUUGUUUAACUUAAACACUGGAGAAAUAAAUUUACUUUCUUU